AAUCGUAAAUCUAAAAAUACGGAUAUAUUUAGACUGCAAGUGAAAGGCUAUGUCUUAUCGCCAAUGCGUCAAAUUCCAAAGUCCCUCUACAAUCACCCGACAAUUAGCCAUUCUCCAUUGACCGAGUUUCAUUCCAAAAAAUUUCAGUCCACCCAAGAGAUAAAAAUGGAGGCAUCCUCAUCAGAGCAGCAAUUCUGCCUGCGUUGGAACAAUCACCGAAGAAACUUGUUAACAGCAUUCAGCGAAUUAUUUCACAACGGUGCAUUCACAGAUGUGGAGCUCCUCGUGGAGGGUGAAACAUCCCUGGUGCCCUUCAAAUGCCAUAAAAUGGUCCUAGCAGCAUGUUCAAACUACUUCCAAGAGAUAUUCUCGUAUACCCCCACCGAGCAGUAUCCAAUAAUUGUCCUCACAAACGUCCGCGAAGCGGAGAUGAAGGCAAUUCUAGAGUUCAUGUAUCAGGGAGAGAUCAGCGUUUCCCAGGAGGAGAUGACGGAUAUAUUCAAGGUGGCUCGUCUGCUGAAGAUCAAGGGUCUCGCUGAGUAUGAAAAAUCACAUCAUUCUCGUGGACAUUCGGUGUCACCACCUCCCGCUAUCAGCAGUACAGAGCGAAUUGUCUCAUUUGGCAAUGAGAGUGUUCACAAUGACUAUCGUUCACCCCCGCAUUCCACGAGUUCAUCGUCAUUUUACUCACCAUAUGGUAAAGCAUCGGCUCUGGUACACAAUCCGGCUGCUCACAUUCCACCCACAGGAUGGAGUCCACUGACGAGUCUCUCAUUAGCCGCUCAAACGGUCAUGAAUACACCCUUGACACCUCGAGCUGCUGCACUCUUCCCGGGGGUCUACGAAACCGAGGCCAAUCAUCUCCGCAAACAGAUGAGCAAUUUGAUGAUGAAUCGAGACACUCCGAUACUGAGGACGGUCCUGGGACAGGGACAGGCGGACAGCUCGCAGGGGGUGCCGGUUAUGCAUGGCGAUAGUCAUGAUGUUUAUCGCAGCUCUAGCAAUGGGUCUGCUCAUGAUGUGAGUGAUGAUCGAAAAGCCAGUGUGGAUUUGUCACAGGCCCGGAGUAGCAAUGGACACAGCCCCUACGCCACCGAUAUCUCGGUCGAUGAGUUUGAUAAGAAAUCGUCGGGCCAACAAAAUCGAAAGAACAAAGAGUGGAAGCGUUACAAGCAAUACACGAAAGAGCACAUGGAAAAGGCGAUUAUAGCAGUGCAGGGUGGUGAGACAGCUUUGAAAGCCUCCAAAGCGUACGGUAUUCCCUCCCGCACGCUCUACGAUAAAGUAAAGAAAAUGGGAAUCACAACCCAGAGGAAUAUUCGACGUCACAGGACAAGCAGUGGUGCUCACUUUCCCCAUGGAAUAGGUGGCAAUAGAAAUGGAAGUAUUUACCGUGGUAUGUCAGAUCAUGACACGGAGACCGAUUAUGGCAGAAGUAUGAUGGAGAGUUCUUCGGCUCUGUUGGACAUGGCAUAUGGACACAGCCGUGAACAAACUGAGGAUCCGGAUGCGAGCUUGGACAAUUCACGAAUAAGUACGAGCCCCGAUGAGGAGCAUCGAGAGGAAAUGAAGUAUGACACUGACGAUCACGUUCAGGAUUUGUCGAUAAACCGUAGAAAUGUCAUUGUCCCACCCUCAAAUCUUUCCGUAAAGGAAGAAAAUGAUGAUGACGCCUCGAAGAACUGAUUUAAGUGAAAUUACAUUA